AGCUCACAGCAGCAGGACAAAGUGGGACAAGGACAGAGGCCAGAGAGCAGUCAUGGGCUCUGGAGGAGUGGGCCUCCUGGGGGCCAGGUGGGCCCUGACUCUUCUACUCCUGCUCAUCAUUGGAGGCAAAGCUCAGGACUCCCCACCCCAGAUCCUAGUUCACCCCCAGGACCAGCUGCUCCAGGGCUCUGGCCCUGCCAAGAUGAGCUGCAGAGCAUCAGGCCAGCCUCCUCCCACCAUCCGCUGGUUGCUGAAUGGCCAGCCUCUGACCCCAGAUCUGCACCAUCUCCUUCCUGAUGGGACCCUCCUGCUGUGGCGGCCCCCUUCCCAGGGACAACCCCACAAUGACGAGGACACCCUUUCAGCAAUACUGGGUGUCUACACAUGUGAAGCCAGCAACCAGCUGGGCACAGCAGUCAGCCGAGGUGCUCGGCUGUCUGUGGCUGUCCUCCAGGAGGAUUUCCAGGUCCAGCCUCGAGACACAGUGGCUGUGGUGGGUGAGCAGUUGAUUCUUGAGUGUGGGCCACCUCGGGGCUACCCAAAGCCCUCAGUCUCAUGGUGGAAAGACGGGAAACCCCUGGCCCUCCAACCAGGGCGGCAUACAAUGUCUAGGAGUUCUCUGCUGGUGGCAAGAGCAGAGAAGAGUGACUCAGGGAUCUAUAUGUGUGUGGCUACCAACAAUGCAGGACAGCGGGAGAGCCGGGCAGCCAGGGUGUCUGUCCAGGAGUCCCGGGACCACAAGGAGCUUCUGGCUGUUAACAUUCACCUGGAAAAUGUGACUUUGCUGAACCCAGAGCCUGUGAAAGGCCUCAAGCAUGGGCCAGCUGUAUGGCUCAGCUGGAAGGUGAGUGGUCCGGCUGCACCUGCUGAGUCCUACACAGCAUUGUUCAGGGCCCAGAGGGUUCCCGGGACCCAGGGAGCUCCAUGGUCAGAGGUGCUGCUGGCUGGCUGGCAGAAUGCUGAGCUCGAGGGCCUCAGCUGGGGCCAAGACUACGAGUUCAAAGUGAGAGCAUCCUCCGGCCGGGCUCAAGGCCCUGACAGCAAUGUGUUGCUGCUGAGACUACCUGAACAAGUCCCUAGUGCUCCACCACAGGAAGUGACCCUAAAACCUGGCAACAGCAGUGUCCUUGUGAGUUGGGCACCACCACCUACUGAAAACCAUAACGGCAUCAUCCGUGGCUACCAGGUACUUCCUGUCUGGAGCCUGGGCAACACCUCAUUGCCCCUGACCAACUGGACUGUCGUGGGGGAGCAGACCCAGCUGGAGAUCACCACACGAAUGCCAGGCUCCUACUGCGUGCAAGUGGCUGCAGUCACUGGGGCUGGGGCUGGGGAGCCUAGUAGCCCUGUGUGCCUCUUUUUAGAGCAGGCCAUGGAGCGAUCAGCAAGAGACCCCAUGGAGCAUGCUUCCUGGACACUGGAGUGGCUGAGGGCCACCAUGAGACGGCCAGAGGUUAUUGCCAGUGGGGCUAUCCUGCUCUGGCUGAUGAUGAUGGGCAUUGCUGUGUGCAUCUACCGCCGGCACCAAGCUGGGGUGCACCUGGGCCCAGGUCUGUACAGAUACACCAGUGAAGAUGCCAUCCUAAAACACAGGAUGGACCACAGUGACUCGCCCUGGCUAGCUAACACCUGGCGCUCCACCUCGGGCUCUCGAGACCUGAGCAGCAGCAGCAGUCUCAGCAGCCGGCUAGGAGUGGACCCCCGGGACCCACUAGACUGCAGGCGCUCCUUGAUCUCCUGGGACCCCCGGAGCCCUGGUGUGCCCCUGCUUCCAGACACUAGCACUUUUUACGGCUCCCUCAUCGCAGAGCUGCCCUCCACUCCCCCAGCCCGGCCGAGCCCCCAGACACUAACUGCCAGGCGUCUCCCACCCCAGCUGGCAAGUACUUCCAGCCUCUGGCCCAGCUCAGACAGCCUCUGCAGCCGCAGGGGGCUGUCUUCUCCACGCUUGUCUCUGGCCCCUGCAGAGGCUUGGAAGGCCAAAAAGAAACAGGAGUUACACCAAGCAAACAGUUCCCCGCUUCUCAGGGGCAGCCAUCCCUUGGAGCUCUGGGCUUGGGAGUUUGGAAAUAGAGCCUCCAAGAACAUUUCUCAAAGCCCAGGAGCAGCACCCCAUGCUCUGGUUGCCUGGCGGGCCCUAGGACCACAGCUUCAACGCAACUCCAGUGAGCUGGCUACUCGCCCGCUUCCUCCAACACCCCUCUCUCUUCGUGGAUCUCCCACUCAGAGUCAACAAGCCCAGUGCGUGGUGGAGCCCCAGGCUCCCUCCUCUGACCCACAGCCUGGAUCCUCCCUCCACAACCUUAACCCUGCCAGGCCUCCUAGCCCCCAGGCCUCUUCCCUCUCUGGUCCCAGCCCAGCUUCCAGUCGCCUGUCCAGCUCCUCACUGUCAUCACUGGAGGAGGAUCAGGACAGUGUGCUAACCCCUGAGGAGGUGGCCCUGUGCCUGGAACUCAGUGAGGGUGAGGAGACACCCAGGAACAGCAUCUCUCCUAUGCCAAGAGCUCCAUCACCACCAACAACCUAUGGGUACAUCAGUAUCCCAACAGCCUCAGGCCUAGCAGACAUGGGCAGGGCUGGUGGACGGGUGGGGUCUGAGGUCAGUGGCUUGUUGAGUCCACCUCGGCCCUGCCCCACCCCCACACCCAGUGAAGGCUCCCUGGCCAAUGGUUGGGGCUCAGCCUCUGAAGACAAUGCCCCCAGUGCCAGAGCCAGCCUGGUCAGCUCUUCUGAUGGCUCCUUUCUUGCUGAUACCCACUUUGCCCGGGCCCUGGCAGUGGCUGUGGAUAGCUUUGGAUUUGGUCUGGAGCCCAAGGAGGCUGACUGCGUCUUCACUGAUGCCUCAUCACCUCCCUCCCCGCGGGAUGACCUCUUUCUGACACGUAGUCUCUCCCUGCCUCUGUGGGAGUGGAGGCCAGACUGGUUGGAGGAUGCUGAAAUUAACCACACCCAGCGGCUGGGAAGAGGACUGCCUCCCUGGCCCCCUGACUCUGGGACCUCAUCCCAGAGAAGCUGGCUCAGUGGCCCUGGGCCCAAGGCUGGCGAUUCCUCCUGAAUCGUCCCUGAGAUGACCAGAAGAGCAUCUGGGCUACUCUCUUGCCCAUCCAUGCUAAAGUAUGGGUUCACCUUCCCCCAGACUUUGGACAGUUCUCCCACUGGAAGAAAGCAGACCAAACUUAGAGCAAAGUAGACCUGGAUUCCGUCAGGAGCAACAUGGCAUCUCCAUCCGACUCCAGACUCUCUCCUUUGUCCCAAACUCCUACCACCAGAGCCUGUAGCCUAAGAAGCAAGCCUGCCUCCUGCUCUUCCCACCUGCAUGGAUCAUGGGAAGUAUGGGAGCCAGAGCAGUCUUCCUAGAGAACAGCAAUGGCUUGUAGAGAGAGCCAGGGAAAAGAGCACUUCUCAGAGAAGCCUUCUCAACCCUAGGUGUGUCGUCUAGAAGUCAGCUGAACUCUCUCCCCAGUCACACCAUGCAAGAAAAGUAAAGGCCAUGGAUGCAAUGGCCCUUUCCUGGUGCUGAGGCCAACGGUUCAAAACUUGGCUAAGGAAGAGGCCAUAGGAAGGGAGGUGUAAGAGCAUGAAACCACAGCAGCAUCCUCCUCCUAUUUCACUGUGAGCCUAAGAAACUUGACACUAUAAAACAGUAAAGACUUGAAUGCUAUAAGCUCAUUACCUGGGGCUCCAUUUUGGGAGGAGCACCUUGAAAGGUAGGAGAGUCACCUGGGGUAUGAAGGGAAUCAAACAUCCAUCAUUGUGAUUUAGGGAUUUAAGGCAAUAUGCAUCUGUCAGACUUGAAGUAGAAUUUAGGAAAGGGAGGGGUGGAGGAGUUUGGGGGAGGUGUGGUCUGCAGAUCUUAUGGAACCAACUCCUGCUUCCUGUAGUCCCAACCCUCUUUACCAGUCCCCAGUCCCAGAUGGCCUCUUCAGGAUAGACAAAGAAGCUAAAUUCCACAACAGGUAGUGGCACCUGGGACACUUGGCUGGUGAAUACUCUUCAGACAUAAACUACAGAACACAGAGAAGGUGUGUUACAAGGCUUCUGGGUCCUGACCACAGAAAGCUGCUGAAGGGUAGGCAGGCCUACAUCUUCUGCAUGACAGGAAAGGUCCUGUGCAGGCCUUGAGCCUGAUGGCACAGUGCUAGUCCUCCACAAACCACCAGAGCUCUAUUUGGAGACUACUCUGGCUUAGGAGGCCAAGUGGGUGUGACCAGGGUGACUGGGUGUUUCCUGAGCUGUGCUUAACACACAAAUGUGGGCCAGUUUUCAUGAUCUGGAGGGAGAAAUGAGUGCUCCGGAUACAUAUCCGUUCUAUUUGUUUUUCCUUUUUUGGACUUUGUUUUUCUGUUAGUUUCCUGGUAAAAUUCCUUUUGAAAACACUCCAACUUUGUUUGCCAGACUGAAGGGGAAGGGGAGAUUUGCACAUACACAUACAGCCAGGUCAAAGUGGAAGACAAGGUCAGGGCUGGGCCUUGGAGGGCAGGGGCCAUGCCUGAGGAUGUAUGCUAGUCACUAAAGUGGGGAUCAAGUGGACAAGAAGGAAGGACCUCAGACAGUGCAUAUGUAUUCACUAUAUGGUAAGCAUGACAGCCAUUGGGCAUUCACAGCCAAAUAGCUUGUGUAAUUCUGUGAUAGCUAAACCUCUGGACUCAAUGUAGCAGACACCCUCUGAGGGAGCCCAGAGGCAUGGAGAAACACGAUGUAUGCUGGUAUGUUCCUCCCAUCUUUUGGUACUUGUUUACUUAUUUGUUUUGCUGUUUUUAAGAAAGUGUCUCUUGUACAGCUCA